CCAGCACUCGGUACACACGUUUUUUGGCUCUGUACAAACAAUUCGGGUGCAAUUUCAACUAAGAAGUGUUUUUUUCUUUUUUUUUUGUGCACGGCGCUUGCAAGUCGGACAUUUGACUGCCGCGAGUGCGCGUGAUUAAGCAGGCAGCUCCGAUUGCCAGAGUUUCGCGAAGGGAUGGCAACACUGCCGCACGCCGGCCAUGUUAUUGUGAUUUGUAAAAGGUGGAACGUAGACACGUGUUUAAUUCGUGCAGCUCCGUAGCGUUGAGAAAACGACAAUAAAUCGCCAGUAAAUAAUCAAAAACAAUACCCAACACGCGUGUGCGGUAGAUAGCAUUGAAAUCACCCAAAGAUAGUGAACAAAAUAAGUUACCCAAGCGGUUCCCAAAGAUCCUUCAAUAUUCAGCGAAAAUGGUAUCCGGUCGUCCUCUACUCUACCUCUCACUGCCCGGUGUAGCAUUUAUACUCGGCGUCUUUUGGUUUCGGCGUAGAAAUAAAAAUCGUUUAGACAAGCCCGACGACGAGGACUCAUCGGCCAUUAACGACUCGUCGAUUGAGCCCACUGUGCAGGCGCGCAAGGCCAACGGUGUCCUGCAGAAUGGUAAACUGCCGCAGCAGCCGGCCAGCAAGUCGAUGAACAUCAAUGGAACUAUAGUCAACGGAAGCGGGAGCGGAAACGGAAGUAGCAGUGACGAGAAGGAUAGUCCCACAACCAUGUUGUAUGGUAAAUCAGCACCAAUCAAAAUACAGAGCAAUGGACGCACUUCAAAUGGCAAGCAUCAGCAGCAGAUCGAUUCCGAAAUGCUGAAGUCAAAGAUACAGGACGCCGAGCACAAGAAACUCUGCUCGAUAGACGAGGAUUUCGAAAAUCUAUCGUCGCCACGUGAUUUACCCGAUUCGGUAAACACACGCGUAUCCUUCCACAAUCGUAAGGCUAGCCAAAAGACGGUGGAACCGGUGGUGAUCAAGGCCACACGCACACCCAAGAUAUCGCCAGAGAACUCCUUCCUGGAUACCAACUACACCACCAAGGAGUGCGAGCAGAACAACAACUGUGAGCCCAAGGAGAAGGCUUCCAAGGAGGAGUCCUCCAAGAAGGAGGCUGAUCAGGAGGAGCUCGACCAGGAUGAGGAGCAGACGGUGCUCAAGGAGGAAGUGGUGGAUAGCAAUGGCAACCAGAAGCGCAAUGUGGAUGCGGCCAGUCCAUCGCUGAGCAUUUGCAGCGUGCAAUCGGGCGAUUCUGGCAAAGGAUCCAGCUUGCCGCGUUCGGAGGCGACACGCGUGAAGACCAGCUACGAGUUCCUCUUCCCCAUUAGCCUGAUUGGUCACCUGUACGGCCGCAAGCGGGCGUUUAUUAACCAAAUCAAGGCCAAAACCCUAGCCAGUGUGGCUUUAAGUAAGAAUCCCUACUCGGGUAAGGUGCGCAUCUGCACCAUUGAGGGAACGGAGAGCGAGAUUGAUGCCGCCCUGGCCAUGAUCCGUCAACGUUUGCCGGCCAAGCGGUAUCCGAACUUCACCAUGCAACGCAUCCACUUUGCGCUUCCCCAGACCAUAGUUCCUCUUUCGAACGAAACCCUCUACAAUCUACAACUGAAACUGAUCGAGGGCAUCAACAACGAUGUGGUGGUGAGUGCGGUGCUUUCUGGAUCGCAUGUUUUCAUCCAGCAUCCGCUGCAUCCCUCGCAUCCAUCGUUGCCUAUGCUGCAGAAGCAGCUGUACGAUAGCUACUCCACCAUGGAGGCGCCCUUGCUGCCCAGUUUGGAGGUCAGUGCCGUGUGCGUGAUACCCAUUAAUGGGGUGUGGUAUCGCGUCCAGAUUGUGGACACAGAUCCCGAGGACGAGGAGCGUUGUCUGGUCAAGUUCCUCGAUUUCGGUGGCUACAUGAAUGUCGGCUUCAGCACACUGCGACAGAUCCGCACCGAUUUCAUGAAUGUGCCCUUCCAGGCCACCGAAUGCAUCCUGUCCAACAUUGAGCCCAUCGGUGGCACCUGGUCCAUCGAGGCGGCCGAAAUCCUUAACCAACUUACCAAAGGCAUUGUCUUGCAAGCACAAGUCGCCGGCUACAAUAGUCACAACAUACCAGAAAUCUAUUUAUUCGCAUCCCUAGGUCCCAAUAAUGUAAUCUUUAUCAAUAAGGAACUGGUCGCCAGAAACCUCGCAAAGUGGGUGGAGAUGCGUGACUAACGGCCUUAGUGAACAACUCAACUAGCAACCAAGAACUAUAAGAAAACUUAAAAGCAAACUUAAACAACAAUCACUCAAACCCAAAUCAAGCAACUUGGCAGUGCAACAAAGGAAUGCUUGAGUCUUGCGCGGACUCGGAUCAAGGAUUUCGUAUGCAGCUUUUGCAGUUAGCAUGUAGCACAUAGCAUAUAGCAAUUGACCGAUUCCAAAAGAACUGGCAAAUGCAGAGGCCCCCAAAACAAAGAAAGAUUGUGACUGAGCCUAGAGAGAGCCCCUUAAUCAUUACAUAACAAACAACAUCCACACGCAAGAUACACACACGCAUAUAUGAGUAAGAGCACCUAACACCUCACUAACCCACACAUAUUACACAACAAGGCAAACGUUUGUUUGUUGACUGCCCAGGAUUGGAUACCAAAAUGGGGGGACGAUCAGCUAGGUUAUGAUUUGUGACCACAUGGCACCACAUGGGCGGGCGGGCAUCCUACGGAUCGGAUAGAGCUGUCGGACUUGAGAGCGAACCGCUUAAGAUAUUACCAUACUCAGUUUAUAAGUAGGCAUUACUACCUAGUGUAAAUAGUUUUUAUAACGUUAACAAAAUGCAAAAACAAAAACAAAAAUACACUAAUUAAACCUAACUAAAAUAUCAAGCGUUCAUCAGAUAUAAAGAAAAACGACAAAAACAAA